UAAUUUUGUUUUAUUAUGUCGACAAAAGGAUACAGAGUUCCUUACAUGCUCUGUUUUGUCACCGUAGCUUCUUAUUAGACAUUUUUUGGUUGAUCUUUAUAAGUGUUCUCGUUUGUUUUUCUGGUAGUCAUCUCUUGUAGCGUCUGCAUCUAUAUUCUUUUGCUUUUUGUGGCUCAAAGAGAUGAGUUGUACCAAAUUUUCAUAAUUAUUUUUGUAGCUGAUAUUAGUAAGCUUUUAUCUUAAAAGCUCAUAUUAGGACACUCUUGUUUUUUUUUUCUGUGGAAGUAUGUCUUAUGCAUAUUUGUUGCGGGAAAGUUUGAUCUUUCUUUGAAAAUGGUUGUUUUUUAUAAAUAGUUCCUGUGUACUGUUUUCACUAGUUAAAUACUCAUUUACUUGGAACAAAUGGUCUUUCUUGAAGAUCUUUGUUCCAGAUCUAAUCAUUGGUACAUUUUUCUACUCUUGUGUUUUAGGAAUUGGUCUCUUAAGAUCUAUAAUUUAAUUCAAAUUAAUUAAUAAAUAAAAUUUAAAUCACCAAGAAAAGCUAAACCAAACAUAGAAUAACAACUAUGCAGAGAAUAUAAGUUUUUUUGUUGAGGUAGAGGACCAUUCCUUCACUUUUCUCCAAUUUUUUUUGACACAUUCAUUGUUUUCACUGUUUAGAAAGUUUAGAUAUCCAUCUAAGAAACCUGCAUUGAGGUUUCCCUUAUGCUUUUGGGCUCUUCUGAGAGUCAUUGGCGUCAGAUAGCAUAGCAAAUUUAUUGGUUGGAGGUGACUCAGGGAUGGCAGAGAGGAGAAAUUCCAACGGAGGAGACGUUGUUAUCAAUGUUCCAGAAAAAGAGGUAUCUAAAGACUCAGCAGCAUCCCCUUCUUCCAAGGUAGAAGCUUCACCAAAGUCAAACACUGGAAUGACUACAAAACCGGAGCCAUUAAGCAUUCCCCUCCCAGAAAUAUACAAUCUCUCUGGUAGCGUUCAUAAGCCGCCCAAGACUCCAAGUCCUACCACCAAAGGUCUAACUCGGAGGAGAUCAAUUUACUCCAAGUCAAACUCAAGGUUUGGGCAACAACAGUCUUAUCGUUAUGAUAAGACUAUAGUAGAGGAGAACGCUGGAACCCCAAAGGAACAUUUUGGCGCUGCUUCGUUUUCAAGAGCUUCUUUUAACAGGGCUUCCCAAAGUAACCGGUCGAAUAGGAGCAUUAGCUCAGCCCUGAGUAAAGUUGACGAAGACGAAACCGAUGAAAAUGAAGAAAUCUACAAAAAGGUUAAGCUACACCAAGUGAAGCGUAGAGGAAUCAAGCCUCUGGCUCUGCUUGAGUUGCUAGUCUUUGUGGCCAUUCUGGGCCUUUUGGUUGUGAGUUUAACCAUUGAUACAGUAAAGGAGCAUCGCAUCUGGGGACUAGAAGUCUGGAAAUGGUGCGUGCUUGUGAUGGUGACGCUUAGCGGCAUGUUCGUGACGAACUGGUUCAUGCAUUUAGCGGUGUUCAUCAUAGAAAGGAACUAUCUCCUACGCAAAAAAGUUUUAUACUUCGUGCAUGGUUUGAAGAAGAACGUUCAAGUCUUCAUAUGGUUCAGCUUGGUUCUGGUUGCGUGGGUGUUUCUAUUCGACGAUGACGAUCGACGCUCUCGUAAGACCAAGAAAUUUCUCGACAAAAUAACAUGGACUAUCGUGUCACUUUUGGUCGGGUCGAUUAUUUUCUUGGUGAAGACAUUUGCCUUGAAAGUUCUUGCUUCAAAGUUCAACGUUAGAAACUUCUUCGAGAGGAUUCAAGAGUCUGUCUUCCACCAAUAUGUUCUCCAGACUCUCUCAGGACCUCCGCUUAUAGAAGAGGCAGAGAGAGUUGGGCGUGAGCCAAGCACGGGGCAUCUCAGUUUCACGAGCACCAAUGGAAUGGUGAAAGAGAAGAAGGUGCUUGAUAUGGGAAAGGUUCACAAGAUGAAGCAAGAGAAGGUCUCUCCAUGGACAAUGAGAGUGUUGAUGGAAGCCGUGGGAGCGUCGGGUCUCUCGACCAUAUCCAACACUUUAGAUGAGGUCACCCAUCGGAAAGAGAAGACUGAUAAAGAGAUAACUAAUGAGAUGGAGGCUGUGGCUGCUGCUUAUGAUAUCUUCAACAAUGUUGCUCAGCCAGACCACAAUUACAUAGAGGAAGAUGACUUGCUAAGGUUCAUGAUUAAGGAAGAGGUAGACCUUGUACUACCUUUAAUAGACGGUGGCGAGACUGGAAAAAUCACACGCAAUGCUUUUACAGAUUGGGUGAUUAAAGUUUACACAAGUCGGAAAGCAUUAGGACAUUCACUGAACGAUACAAGAACAGCGGUUAGACAGGUGGACAAACUUAUAACUGGAGUCUUGUCCGUCAUCACCUUCAUCGUUUGGUUGGUACUUCUGGAUAUAGCAACAACCAAGUUUCUGUUGGUCUUCUCCACGCAAUUCGUGGGUCUUGCUUUCAUGAUAGGAGGCACUUGCAAGAACAUCUUCGAAUCAUUUGUGUUUGUCUUCGUGAUGCACCCUUAUGACGUCGGUGAUCGUUGUGUUAUCGAUGGCAUUAUAUUAAUGGUUGAAGAAAUACAUCUCUUAACGACCGUGUUCCUCAAGAUUGACAAUGAGAAAAUUUUCUAUCCAAAUGCGACUUUGAUAUCAAAACCAAUAAGCAACUUCUACAGAAGUCCAGAUAUGGGGGAUGCAGUAGAGUUCUCCAUUGCCUUUUCAACCCCGUCUGCGAAAAUCGCCACUCUCAAGGAGAAGAUAGCAGAGUACUUGGUACAGAACCCACAUAAUUGGUAUCCAGAACCAUUGUUGAUGGUGAAGGCGAUUGAGAAUGUCAACAAGCUGAAUUUGAAUGUGCUCUUCCAACACACCAUGAACUUCCAAAAUUUCGCAGAGAAGAAUCUCAGGAGAACAGAGAUGGUCAUCGCACUCAAGCGAAUCCUUGAGGAGCUAGAGAUCGACUACACCCUCCUUCCUCAACAAGUUCAUCUCACCGGUCACAAAUGAUCAUUUCCUUCUCUCAUUUUGCAUUAAUAAUUUCCAAUAGCUAGCUAGUACUUUUAUUACAACAUGAUUUGCUUCGGUGUAGUAACAUGCGAAUUAAUUUCUGAUUAUGUAUGUCUUAAAAUUCUA